UGAAGUUGCAGGGUGUGAUCAGAAGGAUUUCAGUGGUUUAUGCAAGCUCAUCGAACCCUAUCCUUGGAAGGAGCGCAUACAUGUCAGCCACGGAGGCGAGAACGACCCUUGCAAAUUCUACUGCACUACAUACGCUACAACCUUCGGGAACACUGGCGCGCAUUAUGCAAAACGCUUCACGCCGCUGACUAAUAGCGGUCCAGACAGCGGUUGGACACAUGAGCCCGUCUCUCAACCCCACGUUGUUAAUUGCCAACUGCGACGAGAGAUAAAUGCAGCGGAAGCAGCUGGUGCCGCACAAAGAGAUGUCACGACGCAUGCGGCAUCAUACAUGCAACCGAAUAUCCCGCCGAAAACGGCCUUCAUUAACGAUGUAUAUGCCGGAAACAACCGGCCAUUUUAUCCCGCUAUUGGCCAAGAGGGCUUGCCCAGGGAUCUGAUGCGUAGUUUUUUACCUGCGACCGAAUACCAAACGAAUAUUUCGACCUUGCCCUUGAAACCGUGGAUGGCAACCAAGUUGGCUUUAGGCAGCCCAUGUUUCACCGACAAACAGUCCGCGUUUCUUAAAGGCAAUACGUUCCAUAACUAUUUCGUUUCCCCAGAAAUAAUGGAAAGUGGUCAAUUUGGCGCCAGUUCCACCGGAGCUACCGUAUAUCAAGCAAGCUUCUCUGGAAACUCAGGAACUCCACAGACUUCUGUAAGAGCCGGCAAAAGGGACAAAGAAAACCAUCGGACGCAGUACGACGGGUCCCAGAGCAUGAUCCAUAACGAAGUUGCAUUGUUACCCCCAAAGCCAGAAGAUGACGAUGUAUUGUCGAAACGCUGGGAAACGCAAAACGACAGUACGUACAAAUGGAGUGGAUGGAAAGAAACGGAAGAUGCUCGAAGCGCCCACCGACCUUUGGGACCUUUGCAAAUUCUCACUUCUGGUUCCACGCAAAAUCAGUCCUUUCUUGACAUUGCUCAGAAUAUUUAAAAGAUUAACAUAUGAUAUUAUUACAUAAAUACGUUAGGAAAUUUGAGAACGCACGGGAAGCUAUAAGUUUGCGAUCAAUAACAUUGAUGAUGAUUUGAUCCACGAUUGCGUACGAUAUACAGUAUAUGACAUUCUGUUCUGUUUAUUUGACUAUUUUUGGCUACAAGCAUGAUGAUGAAUAUGACGCCAAAAGUAGGAAGAGUUUUUAAAGUUUUUCGUUCCUUGAAUUUAGAAUAACGAAUAACAAUUCUCCGACAAAAGUGACAAGCGCAAACGCAAUGCCCAGAAGCCAGCCAUUCCAAACAAAACGCACCCGCUCUAAAUUGACGUUACCAUACGACGCCAGACGAACAGGGAAAUAUGUAUCCGGUCCACAAAGCGGUUCGGCUUUUCCAAUACGCCCAUUUGUGCGUAAUCCUUGCUUGAACAUAUGGGGAAUAAUGCCUACCUCCCAAAAUC